AGGUAAACGAAAAAUGGGAAAAGCAUGAUCCACCACAACGUCCAGAUCAGAAUCAAACCGAUGUGUCUCUUAAUCUAUUCAUUACGCCGGAUAAUAACGCGAAGUAUUGCGACGAGGUUGGAAUGAAAAGGUUGGGAAGCAUAACAGUUGUUUUAUCAGAUUCACGAGAACAAAAAAAAUCAAUGGGUCUUACUCUGAAAAAACGAGUGGUGGAAGUGGAAUUAAUUCUGACAUUCGGUACUGUGGAAAUUAAGGUUACGACAAUUAAUAAAAAGACUGGACAGGCAUAUUUAUGUUGGAAUUUUAAUUGA